UGCGCAAUACUUAUACCAUAUGCGUGGACGUAAAAUCCCGUGCCGAAACUGGCCUAAAACUGUGGAAAAUAGUAGGUUUUUCUUGUGACUUGACAAAGUGAAGAAUCGUUGUUUCUUGCAUCUUCAGAGAUGAUAACCUUAUAGGACUAUUCUAUAACAUGUUUUCAUCGAUAUCAAAAGCCGUAGCUCAUGUUUGGAGCAGCAGUCUUCCAAAAGAAACAUCAUCAAGUGAAUCUCCCAAUACUAAACCUGAAUCCAGACAAAGAACCGCUCCCACCUAUCCGUGUUCCGGGAGUAGUUACGAUGGAGACGUUCAACCACAAUAUGGUCAAGACGUUGCACCGGGCAAUGCUCAAACAGAUCAUACCAAGUCUGUUCUGUUCCAGGUUGGAGAUGAAGCGGAUGAUCCAUACAAGAGUGGAGCAGAACAAAGUGAAACCACAAGCACAAUCAGUGGAAAGAUCACUCAUGUUUACAGUGACUAUGGACUCAUUGACAACUCGAUCCACUUUAGAUUGGAUUCCGUACUGUAUAACAUGACUCCCAAGGUUGGCUUGAGGGCAGAAGCGACCAUAGAGUCUGGUGGACAUCAAGAUGUAGGUCUCCGAGCUACAGAAGUCAUCAUCUCUAAAGCAGACUGGGAGGAUGACGAGAACGGCGCAGAGGAACCAGAAUGGCACAUCGGCAAGGUGACCAAGACGGAGAGGACCUCUGGAUGGAUGGACGAAACCAUGUUCUACGACCAGGAUGCAUGUCCCUAUGGCUUCAUCCCGCACAGAGGUGACUGGUUGGUUGCAGAAAUGACGAAGAACAUCGAGACUGGAGCCAAGGUUGUAAAGACCGUUCGGCCAUUGAGGGAGAAACGUUUCAAGGGAUUUGUGACUCAAGUGUACCCGGGCUAUGGUUUUAUAGAUGGAACAAUCUACUUCUCCAGGAAGGCAUGUGAUCCGAACUAUGUACCAAAGCGUGAUGACGAAGUAGACGGAAAGGCUAUUGAAUCUGAUCAAAGCAAGGGCAAAUGGAGAGCUGUCACGGUCUCCUUAAAAAAGCAAGAAAGGAUGAUCUAUGGCAAACAGUUCCCUGCAAAUAUGUUUCGAGAAGGAGAAAAUAUGACUAAAGAUAAUAGUAUGGCAGUUACAGUGAGCGGAGAUUUCAACAACAUGUGCAUUGGUCAAGAAAAAAAUGUCACAGUGUAUGUGAGAAACACAGGUGAAGAAACGCGGAAGCUGAUAAAAUCUGAAGCAGUGUGUCUUCUGAGCGACAUCAUUCUCAGUAUCGAUGGUGUUGCUGAAGAUGCGGUGAAGAAAUCUACUGGAUUGAGCUCCUGCAACCAAUCCAUUGAGGUUACUUCUGGCAGCAAAAUCAGUUUGACUGUAACCAUCACAGCAAGGAGUGUUGGAAAAUCAGCCUGCCAGCUUGUAUUGACCUUUGACUCCUCCUCUAUCAGUCGUCCAAUACCCAUUACUGUCAAGGAAGCCGCAAACAACCUUCUGACAUCCUGUCACCUCAGUGGCAAGGAGAAGUGGAUGAAGGAACAUGCCAUGGUGUCAAGUGGAAGAGGACCGGCAGUGCUUCCCGGUGUGAGACCAGCUAGAACCUCCAAUCCAAAUCUUCCAGUGAAGCUUGGCUAUUAUCCAGUCGGCAAACGGCUCAAAGAGUGUUAUGCAGAAAAGAGGGAUGUCACUGAGAUUUGUCCACAGUUAAAGCAGUCUCUGAGACCUGAUAACUACUUCACAAUUUUCUCAGCACUUCUCCACAUAGAAGAACUGAAGAUGGAAGUAGAUAUGAGAGAAUUUGAUCUGGAACGGGCUAGUAUGAGACCCAGAGGUGAGUUCUUGUCCUUGGAAGUACCUGGUCUUGCUGAAGGUAGACCUUCUGUUCUUGUUGGAGAUAAGGUCAUAUUGACAGAGCCCUACGCAAGCCCAAAUGCACCUCGUUUUGAAGGAUUUGUACAUGAGGUGCACAACGAAGACAUCUUCUUGAAAUUUCAUCCUCAUUUCCAAGAAUCGUAUGGAGCAGAGAUAUUCAGUGUUAUGUUCACAUUCUCAAGAACCCCUUUAAGAAGAUGCCAUCAAGUUGUUGAGAUGGCAGCACUCAUCCUGGGAAAAGAAGUCCUCUUUCCAACUGAAAUGAGAGCCAGGUCCCCACAAGUGGAGGUCUCCUUUGCAACCAUCCAGCGUUCAGUCGUGUACCCUGGCCGUCCCAGGACCGUCAUCAAGCUCCCCACUCCCAAGAACAUUCCAAGACCUCUAUCUUCCGAGAGCAGUCCUACCAAAGAACCCUCGCAGUCCCAGAGUCCCAUCAAAAGCAUCAUAGUGAAUGCUUCAGGGUCGACUGAAACCAUAGCCAGCCAGGAUGUCCGAUUGGUUCGGAAACCCUCUGAGGCUGACAAGGACUCCGAGAAGCUCACCUUCCUGGUACCCAACGCCCUCUUGGAUGGAGUAGCUACCACGCAGGAUAUGACGGAACGUGGUGAAGGGGACGACAAAGCAGAGUUCUUUAAUAAUAAGCUGAACGCCCGCCAGAGGUCUGCUGUCAUGAGAAUUCUCAAAGGAGAGGGUAGACCUACUCCCUACAUUCUCUUUGGACCACCGGGUACAGGGAAGACGAUCACUAUUGUUGAAACUAUUCUCCAGAUUCACAAGCACUUACCGUCGAGUCGUAUCCUGGCCUGUACACCAUCCAACAGUGCUGCAGAUCUUUUGGCUGAACGACUUCAUCAGAGUGGUGCUGUCAAGAAAGUUGACAUGGUCCGCCUGAAUUCCUUCCGUCGCUCAGAUAUGAACAUACCAGAGUGCAUCCACCAGUACUGCAGCAACGGAGAAGAGCUUCGGGCUGUAAGUCAUCAUAGAAUCAUCAUCAGUACCUGCUCUACCGGAGGCCAGUUCUAUUCUCUUGGUCUGAAACCCGGUCACUUCUCCCAUGUCAUCGUAGACGAGGCUGGACAAGCUACGGAACCUGAGACGCUCGUAGGUAUAGGGCUGUCUUCUGGUGGCCUUGAUGGACAGAUUGUCUUAGCUGGUGACCCGAUGCAGUUGGGACCAGUUUUAGCCAGUUCUCAAGCAGGUGAACUGGGUUUGGAGCAGUCCCUGUUAGAGAGGCUGAUGAAACGAGACUUGUACCAAAGAGACGCUAAAACAUUCAGGGACCACGGCGGAUACAACCCACUCCUGGUAACAAAACUUGUCAACAACUACCGUUCCCACCCUGCAUUGCUGAAGCUUCCAUCGCAGUGUUUCUAUCACGAUGAGCUGAAUGCCUGCGCCAACAUCGAGAUGAGAGAAAUGGCUUGUGGUUGGAACCAGCUCCCCAACAAAAACGGUUUCCCCAUCAUCUUCCACGGUAUACAGGGAGCUGAUUUGAAAGAAGGCAAUAGCCCAUCUUGGUGUAACCCUGCUGAAGCCGUUCAAGCCGUGACGUAUCUUCAGGAUCUUUUGAGCUGCUCUGAAUGUCACCUUAGGGAGAGUGACAUAGGAAUAAUUACACCGUAUAGAAAACAGGUUGACAAGUUGAACCUUCUCCUAGAUAGUGUAGAUAUUUUAGAUACCAAAGUAGGAUCAGUAGAAGAGUUUCAGGGUCAAGAAAGACUGGUCAUCAUCAUAUCAACGGUGAGGUCAAGUGCCAGUCUGAUGAACUUUGACAUCCGGCAUCAGCUUGGAUUCCUUAGCAACCCGAAACGUUUCAAUGUUGCCAUAACACGACCCCAAGCCCUGCUCAUUGUCGUGGGGAAUCCCCAUCUUCUUGUCAAUGACUAUCACUGGCGGGCACUGCUGAAAUACUGUCUGAAGAAUGGUGCCUAUGUCGGAUGUCAGCCACCAACGGAGGAAACCAUGAAGAGCUUUGAUGACCCUCAGGCAGAGGAGAAAGAAGAAACUGAGAAGGAGAACAAGGGACUUGAAGGAAGCGUCCAAGAUGUUCCAAAGAAAGAGCAUCCAUUUCGCCUGAAAGAGAAUGUUACGGUUGAACCACAGGUUCAUGUUACAGGAGCGGUUGAGACAAAUCAACAGGUGCCAGUGGAUUCUUUUGAAAGACAGCUUGGCGAAGUGAAACAAGAUGGUGCUACAAGUCCUGUUGCAAGGAUCUCUUCAAGUAAAAUAACGGAUGGUGGAGGAGUUGUUUUACAGAUGAAGUUGACACCAGAAAGGACAAGUGAUGGUAGCUCUGAAGCAAUGAAUUCUUCAGAUACAGUUGGUGUUGUUCCAGUUUGCAGUACUCCUAUUUUGAAAGCAGAGCAUAGAGAAAAGGGAGAAGUGAAAGUCAGCAAGGAGAAGGAUGGGACAGAGAUCUGGGACGUCUAUGACAGUGAUGAUCCAGAGGUGAUGUCCUCCAAGCCUUGGUGUUCAAUAGAAGAGGACUGUCCAAACCUGGAUGGCUUCACAGCUCCAAGUAGAGGCUGGUAUGACACCACCGGUGACCCCUUACCUGAUCUUGUCAUGGAUAGUGACAGUUCUUCAGGAAAUGCCAAAAGAUUGAAGGAGAUUUAUCCAAGCAACACAAUUAGUCCAGAGAAAAGUGAUGUUCCAGGUGCUGUCCCCUGUAUGCCACUUGAAGGGUUGGGUUAUGAUAGAGACAAGGGAAGGGAUGGCAGAACAAGUAGUGCAGAAGAACAUUCUGCAAGGACUGACAGCAGUACACACACACUAGAUCCAUCCUCUGAUGGAGUGUCUCCAGGGGAGAGAAAGGAGAUGGUGUUGCAGAAGAGAACACAACCAGAUGAACAGGUUCUUGACAAUACUGCAACUGCCUCUUCCAUUUUUGGAGGAGCAAAGCCAGUACAUAUAGCUUCUAGGGAAAGUGACAUUGCAGAAAAGAUGGAGAGGGAAGUGAGACAUCUUAGAAUUGAGCAGAGUGGUGUCCAUGUUCGGCAAGGCGGUGAGAGGUCUAACGGUAGAGAAAAAGGAAAUAGUCACAGCAGCUCUGGCUCUGACAGGGAAUGGUCAAGGUCAAGAAAAUGGAGAAGGGAUAGUGAAAGAUCAAACCAGGAAGAAGUGUUUUGUCAAGAUAAGCGAUCAUCAGUCUCACCUCAUCAAACAUCAGGUGGCAUUAAACAGCAACGUGAUGUGAAAUUUAUUCAGUCUCAACGAGCGUGGAAUUCCAAGAGACAAGUCAUCAGAUAGCUGGUCUGACGGUGGAUGGAAUACAUCAGAAAAUGAAUGGGUUAUUAAUGUUACAGAUCAUGCAGCUAGGAAAAGUAGCAGCUUUGAGAGCUCUUCAAAACAAUACAAAGAUUUGACAAGUCAUCAGCAAGGUAUUGAAUCAGAAUGGUCAGAGCAACGUAAGUCCUAGUCCCAAAGCUUGUGAAUCUUUCACACAGAGAAGGGAUAGUUCAAGAUCAAACAGUCAAGAAGAGCUACAUAAAGCUUAUCAAGCAUCAGUUUCACCACAUCAGACAUCAGGUAGUAUUAAACAGCAGCGUGAUGUCAAGGCCAUUCAGUCUCAAAGAGCAUGGAAUUCCAAAAGGGACAGGUCUUCGGAAAGUUGGUCAGAUGGUGGAUGGAGUACAUCUGAAAAUGAAUGGGAUUCUAAGGCAACAGACCCUGCACCAAAAAAAGGAAGCAACCCCCAGAUAUCUCCCAGUCCUAACCAAGGGGGUCAAAGAUGGUCUGAGAGGCAAAAUACGAGUACAUCUACUCCCAUGGACAAGGUACCAUCAGGUGUGAGACAUCAGGGUAAUUCUGUUUCUGGACAAUCUUCUGUAAGUAACAGGAACGGUAAUUCUGAUGAAGAAACUGGUGAAGACUUCAGUGCUUCUUCCUGGGCACCAAGACAUCAAGAGAGAAUUCCAGAAAAAAGAAAACUUUCCUUGAAUUCAGAAAUGAAACCAAGGGAUAAUAAAGUUUAUGCAAUUCCUGUUUCUGUCCACUCCUCAUCAAAUGAUUCCCAUUACAGUUGCACAAGAACUACUGGCAUAGAAGCUUUGGGAAGUUCGCAAGUCCCGUUUCCUCAGUGCUCAACUUCAUCAGAUAAUGCCAAAGGUACAAAAGACUUUGUUAAAUAUGUGAGUAGAGGAAGAGGACUUGUCUCGAGUGCUUCCGCUUUCACCGAGCCCAAUGUUGGUAGGAGAGAAAGCAGUAUAACGUCCCCUCAGAGAGUGGCCCAACAAACCAAAUGGAGUUCUGCAAAUCAAGAUCCAGGAUCACCAUAUUCCCAGAGGGAGCAGAAUUUGUACCAAUCUCCUGGAUAUGGUCGAGGGUUCUUUAAUACUAGACAGAUGAUGGAAGACUACUCCUCUGGGUAUAGAGGGGAUUUUAGAGGAAAUGGAAGGGGGUUCAACAGGGGGAGAGGUCGAGGGAGAGGAAGGGGUCGAGGUAGAGGACUAUUGGCCACCAACUUUAACUUUGAACAGUGAUGAUAUUCAGGAAAUGGGAGGGGUGAUCCAAGUAUCGUAUGCUGUCUAGAUUGAAAUGUUUCACUGAUAGACCUCCUAGAAAAGAAAAGAACACUGAUAUUUGAUAGACAUGGUGAUUGGAAGGAGAGUUGUUGUCUUUUAUGUAUGUGUAUGGAUAUACUAGUGAAGUUAUGACUAGUAUGUAAGAUUUCUCUUGAGAGGAGUUGUCUCGUACAGUUCAGCUUAGCAAUAUUUUUAUAUGUAUGUCUUUUAAUGUCUGUCGUAUAAACUCCACCAGAAACAAAGCCUGGAAGUACAUGUAACAACUCUGAAAAGCAGCUUAGUUCAUAUCACAUUGUGAGAACUGUUUAUUUUUGUGGUUAUAGACUUGUGAUGUUCAUAUUUUUAGUUUUAAGAAAUGCUAUUGUUUUCGGUGUUAACUUCAUCAUGUAAACAUGGAGACAUGAUGUGAAUGAUGCAGUAUAUUAUCUUUAAUAAUGAUAUUUCUUUGUAUUGGACAAUUUUUACCCUUGUAUGGAUUGCCUACAUUAUGAUAUAUUCUGCCCCUUGCAUGUUGUAUUAAUUGAUCUUGCCUACCAUAAGGGAAUAAUAGGACUUGCUACAUGCCAAAUACAAGUGAGUUUGUUUGACAAUGAUUACUCAAUGACAUAGUCAACAAAUCAACAUUUGAACAAUGUUAUCUCUUUAAUCAUUUUCCUUUGUCCUGUUCAAAACGAGAACCUGAUUUGAAAUGUUUAUUCCGAAAUGAUUGUUUUGGGAGCAAUUCACACAAAACAUCUCCAUGAUUGUCACUCACAAUUUUUCUCUUAGCCAAUCAGAUUAACGACUUUAUUAGCUCUCAGAUCAUUUCCCAUUCUAUCUUUGGCUAUCAUCUAGGCUUAUCCAUUAGCCAGGUAUUUAUGUUUAUGAUGUAACUUACUGUAUGCUUAGAUGCCACUUGUUUCUUUUUUGCAGUCUAUCAGGUUUCAUGAGAAACAUCUUUCCCCCGUUAAUAUUAUGCACAUGUCUAUUGCGAAUCAUUUGAAAUGAUUUGUCACCCCUUUCUACAUCAGUCAAAACACUGCCAUUCAUUUGACAAGGUUACUUUCCUUGUAUUCAUUAUAAAUGACAAGCAUCCUUUUAGCUUGUGAUAUGUCUCAGAAUCUUAUUUAGAUUUUGUGAGGAUGCGUCAUGAAAGGUUUUUCGAAUCCAAUGGAAAUGACAUACUAAAUAUGAAAUUCACAUUCUUGCCUAUUCUAUGUACCUUACCUAACAUGUGUUUUCAAACUUAGUUUGAUGUAUUGCUAAUUUCUGCCAAGCCUAUUACUUAUAGUAUACUGUAUUAAUAGACAACUACGGUUUAAUAAGUUCCUAUAACUCUAGUACCUUAGUGCCAGUUGUGGAUAUUACAUUUUAGAAUUUUUCCCUCACUCUUAGCCUUGGGUAAAUAAUCCUAAACUAAAUGUAUUUCCGGUAACCGUCCUGCAGGAGAUGUUCUGCUCCUCAAAUUUUGUUGUCUCUAUCCUCCUCCCAUGUUAAUGUGCUGUAUUCAUUACUUAAUAUUAUACAUACAUCUAAAGCCUGUUCUUUAAUUGACUUACACUGCCAAAGGGGGGAAAUAGUUUUAUAGUUCUUCAUAUUUUUUUUUCUUUAAAUACAUAGACUCUUUGAAUUGUAAAUGGUGCAACCAAUACCUACAACAAUUUUGAUGUUAAAAUAUUGUUACUGAAUGAUUGAUUAUAAGUGUCAACUGUCUAUAAGUAUUUAGGUAAUGGAAAAACUAAACAUGCAAACAAUCUUGUUACAUGCUUCAAAAUAACUUCUUAACAAUCUAAUUCAGAUUGGUAUACAACUAUUUGCUGUGUAGUUAAUAGAAAAGUGCUGCUUUUUAUUAUUUUUUGUUGGGUUUUCUCAAGCCAAAUCUGAACAACUUGUGGAAGAUUAGAAGCAUCAAUACCACAAGUAUAAUUACUGCUGUUAACUGUGCAAUAUGUAUAAGUACUAUUCCACUCAAAUCUUGUGGAUAAGCUAUAUGUUUAGCCUGAUCUUAGAUGUGUUAACUGUCAGUGUUUUUUUUUCCAAGUGUAUGUAUAUGAUGGUCUUCCAAAGUGAUUUUCUCUGGUAGUUAAUUCAUUUCUUGUCCUUUAAGUUUGGUAAGUUUUUACCAACUUAAUUCACGACUGUAAUAUAAAAUAUUCACUUGUUUUUGGCUGAAUAGUUGCUAUGGAAUUUAGUGUACAUUCUCUUUUGAGUAUUAAUUUCCAUUUUAAGAAACUGACAUCACUGACUCUAAUUCUUACAUCAAAGCUGUUCUCCAAAGUGCCAAAGUUUAUGCUAAAUCCUAUUUUCAGCCUAGAAUAUUAUGUUUAGUCCACAGUUUUUCAUUUGUGUGUGUAGACAAGUUCAUUCUUAAUACCAUUAGUGUCUAAUUUGCAUGUGUGCAGCCAUUACAGCUUAGAAUUUGUUCAUGAUACAUGGAGGUUGUUAAGGCUUGACAGCAUAUGCCAAAGUAUAUGACAAGCUGUUUGAUCCCCUUGUCGUCCCCUUUUCAUUAUCAGGAAUUUAUUUGUUUUAAUUUAAAUUCUUGAUACCAAGAUUUGCAACUUGUUAACUCAAAAUGAAUUCUUUAUACUGUGUCAAGAAAUCAAAGACUAUCCGUAAUUUCAAGGAUGUGAUCUUUAUACAAAAAAUAAAUUCUUGCUUUUAACAAAUAGGAUUUAUGGUAAAAAUGGCUUGCCAUACAUAGAUCGACAAAUGCUUUGCAUAUUUGAACUCAUUUAGAUUUCCAUUGGUGUAUAAUUGAUCAAAAAUCAUUUUGCUUACCAAUGAGGUCUUUAUUUUUUAAACUGCUCCAAGCUAGACAUAUAGAACACAGCAAUGCAGAAAGGAUGGAGUGCAAGUUUUAGCAUUUAGAUUUAGGUUGUAAAUUUACAUUCCAUGUUAUGUAAAUUUCUAUUUUGUAUGUACACAUAAUUAUUUCAAAUAAAUAGCC